AUGAGAAUGAUGCUCCUGAUAUUCGUUUGUGGCUUUGCACCUUUCGUCGAAAGCUCGAUCAAGCUGAGGCGAGCAGCAGGUUCGCCGAUCUCCUACCCAAAAGGUUGUACUGGUGCUCACAAGCCUGCUACUGAGCCUUUCUGUGCCACGGGCACUAUAGGCUUUGCGGGGAUGUUCACGGUGAAUAUGACAGUUUAUGUCUUUGACAUCAAUGAUCCCACCAAGUCGGUACACUUCCACGUUGAGUUGGCAACUCAUGGUGUAAAACCGACUGGUCUCAAUAUCACGGGUGGGGGCAGCGCUGAGGUGGUGAAGAAGGAGGAGCUUGGCGGGGCAGUCGCCGGUUCUGUCACUAUAGAGGCUAAUACUGUGGGGGACGGCAGAGGCAAGUACGACCCGAAAACUGAUACAUGGACGGCUGACAUCGGGAUAAAAGCGACUGUCGAAGGCGAUGUUUUCGGUCACGAUGCAAUCAACUUGCCUAUCUCUAAAGUCGUCACGGCUCAUAUCGGGCCCAACUCCGACUUCGGGAUGGAGGCCCUUUUCAAGGAGACCACUGGGGAUUCAAAUAAUCAAGGCAUCUCGAUCGCCUUUGACCUUACGAUGAAUACCAAAAACCACGACCUUUUCACUUGGGAACUCAUCGGGGAAGGUCAGCUCCAUGUUUGGUUACAUCCACUCGUCAAUUGGAAACCCUCUAUCGAUGUUAUUCAUAAGGAGUUCAAGAUUAAGCUAUGA